AUGACGGAUGUGACGUACAGUUACUCACGACUCCGCAAGGAGUUUGGGCGGAUGCCGGAGUUCCAGGCCAACGAAGGAGAAAUUUUGGUGGACAUCGCCCCCAACCGCAGUUUAAAAAACCACUAUACCCAACUAGAUCCCUGUGAGACGGUGAUCCAAAAUGUACCAUCGCUCUCCGAAUCGGGAACAAAUACAGAGCGCAUUCAACUCAGACACCACGCGCAGUCGCACAGCGAAGGUGGAUGGCCGCAUGGUGUUGAUCCCACUGAGUUUGAGGAAAAAAUGAAAUACUGCAGGAAGGUAGAGCGCGAGGAGAGUUAUCUCUCUUCCUGCCGCCGCCUCAUUCAGCAGUGCACAGAUAAGUACGUCAAGCAGAAUAACGCCAUAGACAUUUAUGGCACAUACUUUCCUGAAGGUCCCCCAGUCGAAGAUGAGUCUUUAGGGACAGCAUCCGCAAAGAUCACCUCUGUGUUCAAGGACCCCAGUGCGGAGAAGCGAACCGCGGCAGCGAUUACGUGGCAGAACGAUGGUCGGAGGUUUGCAGUGGCGUACUGCCGUUUGCGUUUCCAAAGCAAUACCUCUACAAUGAACACAAAUUCUUUCGUCUGGGACGCACUGAAUCCAAAUGCACCGGUGGAAACUCUGGUUACUUCAUCACCGUUGUGUUGUAUUGAGUACUACACAAAAGACCCCCAUAUCAUUGCCGGCGGAAGCUGGAACGGAGUUGUGCAGUACUGGGACACACGGCAACCGACGAGGCCUGCCUCCCGUUCCCUCAUCGAGACAAGCCACAAGGACCCCGUGUGGGCCGUCAAAUGGUUGCAAAGUAAGUCGGGUGAGUUGCUUUCAGUGUCCACUGAUGGUGACGUCCACGUAUGGGACUGCCGUAUUCCUGACAAGCCCGUAGAACUUCAGCGGCUCCCGGAAGACUCCGUGAGGUUGCAACCAAAGAACAAUGAAGGUGGCUCAAAAGGUGUUCUGGGAGGUCUGUGCUUGGACUAUGACCCACAGGUGGGUGGUCCGUCGAAGUAUAUGAUUGGAACCGAACAGGGAACAAUCCUUUCGUGUAACAGGAAGGGAAAAACACAAGCAGAUAAACUGGGGCCGAACACAUUCAACGGACAUCAUGGACCUGUGUAUUCGGUGCAACGAAAUCCGUUCUUCUCCAAGUACUUCCUUUCGGUUGGUGAUUGGACGGCGCGGAUGUGGUUUGAGGACUUUAAAUUUACGCCCUUGUUUAGUACCUUUUACCACAAAUCUUACCUCACUAGCGGGGCAUGGCAUCCCGCACGACCGGGAGUUUUCUUCACAACGCGUAUGGAUGGUUACCUUGACCUAUGGGACUUGAUGUUGCGGCAAACAACGCCUGCGUUGAGCGUCCAGGUUUCUGAUUACGCACUGCACACCGCUAAACCCACAUCAGAGGGCAAACACAUUGCUGUCGGUGGCAUUGACGGUAAUGUAACACUGUUGGAGUUGUCGCCCUCCCUUUACACAUGCAUGAGUGACGAAAAGUUCCAAAUUGGACAACUGUUGGAAAACCAGAGCAUCCGUGACAAGAACUUAGACCGUGCAGCCAAGGAAAAGAGGACCGCAGCCAGGCAACGUCAGCGUCGCAGCACAGUGCUAGGCGAAAGCCAUAAGAGCUCUGAUGAAGUCACAGAGCAGCUUGAAAAAGUUACCGAGGAGUACCAAACCACCGUAAAAAGUGAGAAGGAGCGCGAUGACGAGCAACGCACGGAACUGGAGUGCGCCCGGAUGAAAUUACUGGAGGACAUCAGUGGGGGAAUAGAUGUUGAUUCGGAUUGA